AUGGAUUCUUUUCUUGAUGACAAUGAAUUUGAACACAUUAUAGAUAAAGAUCAAGUUGAUCAUUUGGAGCUUGAACUCCAGGGAUUGAUUGGCAAAGGCCCGCAACCUGUCAUGGAAUGUGGAGAACCUGAAUUGCCUUCGUCUUCCGGUGCUUCUUCAGUGAGGCCCACUGAUGAGAAAAUGGAUGCUAUUCUUGAUGAUGAUGAAUUUGAUCAAUGGAUGAUUAAACACGUCAUUGAUAAAGAUCAAGUUGAUCAAUUGGAGCUUGAACUCCAGGGAUUGAUUGGCAAACGGCCGGAAUGUGGAGAACCUGAGUUAAAGAAAAGAAAGCUUGAACGCAACCACUUGCCUUCGUCUUCCGGUGCUUCUUCAGUGGAGAAGGAUAGACAAAAUCAGCCAUCAAGCUACUUGGUUGAACCUCACAAGUUGAAAGGAGAAAAACGCCGGAAUAGACGCAUGCCUUCAAUCAACCUGUCUUCUCUGAUAGACAAUAAUGUGGUGUCGUUGGGGGAGAAAGCACGUUACUUGAAUAAAAAGGACAACCGUGUUAUGGCAGAAGGGUGGGUCAUGCACGAAGGAAUCAGAUGUUCGUGUUGCAAAAAUGUGUAUUGUCUUUCCAAGUUUGAGGUCCAUGCAGGCAGCAGUAGUCAUCGGCCUACUGCCAAUAUCUUCUUGGAAGAUGGAAGGUCACUGCUGCAGUGUCAAGCACAAAUAAAAAAUGGUGAUGAAGUUAAAGGCUUUGAACAAAAUCCACACCCCAUAAUUCAGAAAAUGGAGAGUGAUGUGGGUGUUGAAGGCUUCACAGGGUAUCUGCAUGAGCAUAUGGAGAGGAAUCAGGCCCACCCAUUAAUUCAGCAAAUAAAGGUUGACAAAAAGGAUUGCAGAAUCACAAUUGCAGAAGAAAUGAAGAGUAAAAUCUCAUGUUGCAGAGGAAAUGGAAUAUGCCACAUUUGUCUCCACCAAGGGGUUGGAUUGCUAGUGUGUGAAGGUGAAUGCCUGCGCAUGUUUCACUUAAGCUGCAUUGGUUUAGAGGGUUUUCCUGAAAGUGUAUGGUUCUGCCCAUCUUGUGCAUGUGGAUUAUGCGGUGGGGGUGAAUACAAUAAUGAAAACGAUCAGUUUGAGGAGCGAACAAUUGUGUAUUGUGAUCAAUGCGAACGUAGAUAUCAUGUGGGUUGUCUAAGAGAAAGAGGAGUCGAAGGGCUUGAAAGUCGUCCGAAGGGAAAUUGGUUUUGCAAGGAAAAAUGUGCAGAGAUAUUCUUCCAUCUCCAAAACUUUCUUGGAAGAUCAAAUCCAACGGGCAUAAAGGAUCUAUCGUGGACUAUUUUGAGGUCAAAUGAAAAGGAUGGGCAUGAUCUUCACACAUCCUCCUAUAUUGAAGCAAUGACUAAGCACAAGCUUGUGGAUGCGCGUGCUGUACUGCGCGAUUGUUAUGGUCGCAUUGUCCAGCCGGUUACCAAGACGAACCUUAUCAAAGAUAUUGUUUUCAGUAAAGAAUCGAAGCUGCCCUAUCAGAACUAUCAAGGUUUCUAUACCAUGAUCUUGGACAGAGGGAAGAAACCGAUAUCCGUAGCAACGUUCAGGGUCCAUGGUGACAAGGUAGCAGAAGUGCCUCUAUUGGGUACACGUGUUAUGUCGCGCCGACAAGGAAUGGCAAGUCUUCUCAUGAACAAUUUACAAAAGAUUCUUUCCGACAUGGGUGUACAAAAAUUGAUAUUGCCUAUAGCUCCUAAGUUUCUACAGAGUUGGACUACGUCGUAUGGUUUUUCUAAGGCAACAAAUUCAGACAGAUUUGAGCUAUUGGAGUGCCCUUUCAUAGAAUUUAUUAACAACAUGAUGUGCCAGAAAAUAUUGAUAAAACCUGCAAUUUGA